UCUCCUCCCGCUGCCGCCGCCGCCGCCGCCGACGCCGACGCCGAGGCCUCGUCAGACUCAUCAUGAGAGGAGACAUAACCCUCAAACAAACACAUCUGGAUCAAAGGAAAAGCAGUCCAAGGCCAUGCAAGCCAGCUGUAGUCACCUUCACAAUCUUCCAGGAACAGGAGGCAGUGAGACUGCCCCAGCUUCUCAUUGUGCCCAUACUGUAAGAAUGACUGGUGAAGGUUCUUGCCAUCAUCCUGGAGACAUUCACAUCCAGAUAAGCUCUGUACCUGGAGAGUGUGGUGAAAGUCCAAGCCCUAGAAACUUAAGGUCUGGUUCCCAAAGCAAUACUCAGGGCUGCAUACACAGUCGAUUAAGAAGUCAUUCACACAAUGAAGCAAGGCAACCUGAUGAUGCUACCAUGGAGCCAGGAGAAAACGGCAGCAGCUCUAUCUCUGAGUUUCGCUAUCUCUUCCAUUGGUUGCAGAAAAGUCUUCCAUAUAUUUUGAUUUUGUGUGUCAAACUUGUAAUGCAGCAUAUAACAGGCAUUUCUCUUGGAAUUGGGCUGCUAACAACUUUUAUGUAUGCAAACAAAAGCAUUGUAAAUCAGGUUUUUCUAAGAGAAAGGUGCUCAAAGGUACAGUGCGCUUGUUUACUGGUAUUCUUAGCAGGAUCUUCCGUUCUCUUAUAUUACACCUUUCAGUCUCAAUCACUUUAUUACAGCUUAAUCUUUUUAAAUCCUACUUUGGAUUUUUCGAGCUUCUGGGAGGUACUCUGGAUUGUGGGAAUCACAGACUUCAUCCUUAAAUUCCUCUUCAUGGGCUUCAAAUGCCUUAUUUUGUUGGUGCCUUCUUUUGUGAUGUCUUUUAAAUCCAAGGGCUAUUGGUAUAUGCUCAUAGAAGAAUCAUGCCAGUAUUAUCGAACUUUUGUUCCUAUUCCAGUUUGGUUUCGUUACCUUGUUAGCUAUGGGGAGUUGGGAGGCAGUGUAACAGGAUGGAGUCUUGGGAUUCUGCUGGGUCUGCUCUACCUCAUUCUAAAACUUCUAGACUUUUUUGGGCAUCUGAGAACUUUCAGGCAGGCUGUACGGAUAUUUUUAACACGCCCAAGUUAUGGUGUGACAGCCUCCAAAAGACAGUGUUCAGAAGCUGAUGAUCUUUGUUCUAUCUGUCAGGCUGAAUUCCAGAAGCCUAUUCUUCUCAUCUGCCAGCAUAUAUUUUGUGAAGAGUGUAUCACGUUAUGGUUUAAUAGAGAGAAAACAUGUCCACUUUGCAGAACUGUUAUUUCAGACCAUGUAAACAAAUGGAAAGAUGGAGCCACUUCAUCACAUCUUCAGAUUUAUUAAAUCCUGUCAACUGCUAUUUGGUGUUUAUAGGAUGCUGGUUUUCAUUUAAUGUUUGACUAAGUAAUGUGGGUACUGCUAUAAUUGAAUUUUAAAUGGACUUUCAAUGUUUUUAGUUCAAAACUAACCUUGAGCAUCCAAAUCAGACAUUUUAGACUAUUAGAAACAAGUUAAAGAAAAUUCUGUCUACAGACAUGAAAUUUUAAGAAUUAAAUGGGUAAAAAGCAA